AUGGCUGGAAAUUAAAUCGCACCAAUUACUAUCAAGAAGGCUGGCUGGCCACCGGUAAUGUUCGUGGCAUUGUCGGGGUGACAUUCACCACAUCACAUUGUCGCAAAAAUGUCGAAUAUCCUUUACGUACAAAUUACAAUUUAAGAGGACACCGAUCAGAUGUUAUACUAGUCAAAUGGAAUGAACCAUAUCAAAAAUUGGCAUCCUGUGAUAGUUCCGGCAUUAUAUUUGUAUGGAUUAAAUACGAAGGUCGCUGGUCGAUAGAGCUGAUCAAUGAUCGCAAUACCCCAGUCACGCAUUUCUCAUGGUCACACGAUGGUCGUAUGGCAUUGAUCUGCUAUCAGGAUGGUUUUGUAUUGGUCGGUUCAGUGGCGGGUCAACGUUAUUGGUCUUCGAUGUUGAAUUUAGAAUCGACCAUUACCUGUGGUAUAUGGACACCCGAUGAUCAACAGGUUUACUUUGGUACAACUCAGGGACAGGUUAUUGUUAUGGAUGUCCACGGUGCUAUGGUGUCACAGGUCCAGCUGUGCAAUGAUGUUGGGAUAACAUCAAUGUCAUGGUCGUGUGAAAAAUUCAAAAUGGAAGAAGGUGAAGAAUCCGAGCCGGGUGUUACGAAUGCAGCCAAACGGUCAUUUGUCUUAGCGGUUAGUUUUCAAAACGGUUUUAUUUACCUCCUCAAAUCUUUCGAUGAUGUUUCACCCUCACAUAUCAAUACGGGUCUUGAUGGUGCACUGGGCAUGGUUAUGGAAUGGAGUAAUUCACGAGAACUGCUGGCCGUCGCCGGGACCUCACAAAAAGCCACAUCGGAAAAUGAAAAUUCAACAAAUGGUGCCGGUGGUGGAGGAGGAUGCACCGGAGGAGUGGUUUAUAAUAACCUAUUGAAAUUCUAUACGGAGACUGGUGCCCUACUCUAUCAAGCCCAAAUUCCGAAUUCCAAUGCACCGGUAUCAGCUUUAACAUGGGGCCACAAUGAUAAACGUCUGUUCAUUGCUACGGGAACCCAGGUCCAUAUUGCGUGGGUGUCGAGGCGGGUGGCCUCACUGCAGCUGCUGUGUCGCCUGCAAAUACAGGCCAGUAUUGGUUCGGAAACUUUAUUGCCAUUGUUGCCUUUGCCGUCACGGAUUAAAACUCUGAUCGGCAAUCUUUUUGCUCAAACAAUUCGAUGUUGUGUACCUGAUUUAAAGUCUCUAAGAGAAUUCGUAUCGCGUCCACCCUUAUGUUCGACCCGUUUACACUGUACAAUGAUAAGGCAUGAUGAUGACUCGAAUAUUAGUUCCGGUACAUGUUACACUUUAUAUUUGGAAUAUUUGGGUGGUCUGGUACCGCUGCUGAAGGGUAAACGUACCUCUAAAAUACGCCCGGAAUUUGUUAUAUUUGAUCCGCAAGUGAAUGAAACUUCGCACUUCUUUCAACAUUCACCGGGUUCCAAGAGUUCCUCAUCAUCCAGUCAAUCGACUAGUACUACCGCCAAUGGUCGCACCGAUUCUUCAGAUAGUGAAUAUGAUGAUGGCAGGUUACGGGGUUCACCCCACACACCACGUAAGCGGAGGAUACGUCAGCAGAAACGUCAUGGCAAUGGUCAUGAUCGCAACACCCUGACAACGACCAGCAAUGAUGGCAGUGAUGCCCUGGAUGAACUGGCCUAUUUGGAUACUUUACCAGAGGAAGUAAAACUGGUUGAGGUAACCUCCAAUAUCUGGGGUACCAAAUUCAAAAUGCAUGGCCUUGCUAAAACCGUCCCUGCCAAUUUGGGUCAAGUCACCUAUAAAACAUCCCUGCUUCACUUGCAACCACGUCAAAUGACCCUCGUCAUUACAGAGUUGAGAGAUGAUUUUCCUCUUGGUCCCGACCCGAGUUUCAAUCCGAAUCUUUUUUCCGAAGAUGAAGAUGAAAAUCAUGUUCAAUCAUCUGCUGCAGUGGCCGAAGUGGCAUUACCAAAUGAUAGCGGUGGUGGUGGUGGCGGCGGCGUAGGUAGUUUAGCUGCCAGAAAACUCAACGAAAUUGCACCGCCCAUUGCUCCAAUGUCGCCCAGACCCAAUCGCUUGUUGGCUCGUCAUCGCAAUUCCUCAUCAUCGUCCACAUCUAAUGGUAAUCAAAUUCCCGGUGCCUUGGGCCGUAGUCCAUUGGCUCGAGCCGAGUCUUACGAUGACGACUCAACAAGUGAAUCCCCCGAAGCUGCACCCUGCCCCUCAACAUCAAUGGCGGCAGCUGCUGCGAACACAUCGUCAUCCUCCUCACCGAGCAAUCACAAAAUUAUACGUCCAAAAACAAUUACAUCGACAUUUGGCCGUUCCAAUGGCAGUUCGUGUGGUCAGUCACGCCAUGCCAUAUCGCCGCUGUUCAGCGAUGGAUCCGUCCCCACUUUACAAUCACCCAAAAAUGCUGUUGCACCCACUGAUAUUAUAUUUGAACGUCCAGCCGUAUCGGCAAAUGGCCAGACCACCUUAAUGUCCUAUUCCAGUAAUGCCGAUUACACGAACAAUGUCGUCCAGGUUAAGAAUGCUUUAUUAACGGAAUCAUCGAUACGCUCCACCAAUAGUCAUGUUAAUCCAGUGCCUCUAAAUUUAAGUUUGAAUUUGGAACGGAUGGAUGCGGCGGCCAAAGUGAAAGCCAUGGCAGCGGCACCAUCAACUUCGAAAAAACUGCAAUACAUUGAUGAUGAAAUGCAGGCGUCGUCGUCCGCAGCAGGAAUAGCUCAUCAGCAUACCGUAAACGCGGUUGUGGCAGCUGUUCCUCCUCCACCUCCUACGGAAGUUUCAAAUCCCAUGAAACGUACACCCACUGUUGUAUCUAUUGCACCCGUUUCCACAGAUGUCAUAACACGCAGCUGUUCGGUUGGCUAUUUGGAUUCGGUGGCCAUAACACCAUCCGAUGAAGCUCUGACCGCUUUGCGUCGUGAAGCUCCUAAUAAAAGACUUAUUUUGGUUGACAAUAGGAAGUGUCGAAAAAAGCGUAUGCAUCAAGGGGAUUCUAGUAAACCCCGCUUGGUAAUGACUGGCAAAUCGAAAAGUUUAGAUUCCUGCGAUUUACUUUCGACUCAGGCCAAAUUGAAUAGCAAACAAUUGGAGAAGUUGCAUGAAGAAACUCAAGCAAUUGGUGCCUCUAAAAAGAAAUCCACAUGUUCCUCAUGUACAGCCACCAGCGGAAGUGGUACCGAUGAGUGUAAACAUUGCCUGCCCCCUGCGGCGUCGUCUAUGAAAAGUGCAAUAAUUACCACAGAUGAUAUCAUUAGAGCUGAUCUCGAUAUACCCGCAACACGUGAACCGUCCAAAGAACAAGAAAAUAGUCAUAGUCAUAAAUCGGAAAGCUUGCCGAAACGUCGAAUCGAUGUUAUCACCAGUUUUACAGAUAGUCCAUUGUUUACACGCAAACAUCGAUUUGGUACUCGGAAUAAUGGUGACACAACGUCGUCACCCACCUUAGCUAGAAAAAAUGAGAAUGGUUUCAGUUUAGUUAAACAAUUAACCGAGGGUCGAUGGAGGCGUAAAGAUGCCAAGCAAGCGGCGGCGCCCAACUCGCAGGCGAUGCAAGCUGCAGCGAAUGGAGAACAACAGAGAGCGGUGGAAAAUCGAAAUGGUGGUGAUACCAUUGAAGCAACGCCUGUAGAAUCUAGAGCUUCUGUUUCAUUACACACUCAGGCCCUUACAACACUAGAGAAUAUCAUUAGUAGACUAAGAGAUUUGGAUGAACAUUUGACACCACCUGCAACGCCACAUCGCCUGCCACGUAGCUCGCCAGCCUCACCGGCUGCCAGUAAAAAGAAUAAACGCUACCAGAGUAGUUCCCCGAUACGAAAUAUUCUGAAUUCCCCGCUUUUGAAUCGGCGUCAGAGAAAGAAACAAAAUAUCAUUGAUAGUUCGGAUGAUGAGGCGAACGGUGGUAAUGGUUCGGGUGAAGAGAACGCCAAUGCAAAUGGUUGUAGUAAACAAUAUCGAGAUUUGGAGACGUUCCAAAAGGCCCAACUGAGGCAAAAGUUAAAACGUGGUCGUAUUGAACCGAAUGGCUCCUCAACGUGUAAUAAUCCAGCUCCAGUGCGCCGGGAAUUUGUAAUGCACAACAAGGCACCGAUGUGGAACGAAAUGAGUCAGGUUUAUCAAUUGGAUUUCGGAGGACGUGUGACACAGGAAUCGGCGAAGAAUUUUCAAAUAGAAUUUCGAGGAAAACAGGUAAUGCAAUUUGGACGCAUUGAUGGUAAUGCCUAUACCUUGGAUUUUCAAUAUCCAUUUUCGGCAUUACAGGCAUUUGCUGUGGCCUUGGCCAAUGUAACACAACGCUUAAAAUAA